AUGUCUCUCAACGUGCGCUAUGCACGAUAUCUCGUGUUGGCUGCAGUGGGAUUGACGCUUGUCUGGUAUAUGUCUCGACCUUCCUUCCACCUCCCGAGCGUCGCCUCCUUCCCGAGACCCGAGCCCUCCUACGAAGAUUUCAAGUCAGACCGGGUACCGAUCGUGGGCACCAAUAGUAGCGAAAAGGUCAAUGCGACCUUCGUCACCCUGGCCCGGAACUCCGACAUCUGGGAGAUUGCCAAGUCUAUUCGCACCGUGGAGGACCGGUUCAACCGGAACUACAACUAUGACUGGGUCUUCUUGAACGAUAAGGAGUUCGAUGAUGAAUUCAAAAAGCUCACCACGUCGCUGGUCUCGGGUACCGCCCACUAUGGCAAGAUUCCGGAAGAACACUGGUCCUAUCCCUCCUGGAUUGAUGAGGACAAAGCGCGCGAGGCGCGAGAAGAAAUGGGUCGCAAGAAGAUCAUCUACGGCGACUCAGAGAGCUAUCGCCAUAUGUGCCGUUACGAAUCGGGAUUUUUCUUCCGCCACCCCAUCAUGCUGAACUACGAAUACUAUUGGCGCGUGGAACCGAGCAUUGAGCUCUUCUGUGACAUCCCCUCCGACCCUUUCCGCUUCAUGAAAGAGAACAACAAGAAGUACAGCUUUGUCAUCAGCUUAUAUGAAUACAUCGAGACCAUUCCCACCCUGUGGUCCAGCGUCCAGAAGUUCAUGGGUAACCAUCCUGAACACAUUCCCGCCGGCAACGCCAUGGAAUUCAUCAGUGAUGAUGGCGGCGAGACGUAUAACAAGUGCCAUUUCUGGUCCAACUUUGAGAUUGGCAGCCUGGAAUGGCUGCGGUCCAAGCAGUACAUCGAAUACUUCUCUUCCCUGGACCAGGACGGUGGAUUUUUCUACGAGCGAUGGGGCGACGCUCCUGUUCACUCGAUCGCCGCUGCGACCAUGCUCAAGAAAGAGCAAAUCCACUUCUUUAACGAAAUUGCUUACUACCACGUCCCAUUCACUCACUGCCCGAGUGAUGAGAAAACAAGGCUGGACCUUCGCUGCAAUUGCAAGCCGGAGGAGAACUUUGACUGGAAGGGCUAUUCAUGCACCAACCGGUGGUUCCAGGUCAACAACCUACAAAAGCCAGAUGGUUGGGACCAGGGGGAUUGA